AUGGCCAACUCAUCUCUGCCCAACCUGGUGCCCCUGGGCCCCGACUGCCUGCGCCCCUUCACCCUGGAGUCCCUGGCGGCCAUAGAACAGCGGGCAGCAGAGGAGGAGGCCAGGCUGCUCCGUAACAAGCAGAUGGAGAUCGAAGAAGCGGAAAGGAAGCCACGCAGCGACCUGGAGGCUGGCAAGAGCCUGCCUCUCAUCUAUGGGGACCCCCCGCCGGAGGUCAUCGGCAUCCCCCUGGAGGACCUGGACCCUUUCUACAGUGACAAGAAGACCUUCAUCGUGCUCAACAAAGGCAAGGCCAUCUUCCGGUUCUCCGCCACACCGGCGCUGUACCUUCUGAGCCCCUUCAGCAUCAUCCGGCGCUCGGCCAUCAAGGUGCUCAUCCACUCGCUGUUCAGCAUGUUCAUCAUGAUAACGAUCUUGACCAACUGCGUGUUCAUGACCAUGAGCAACCCACCUUCUUGGUCCAAGGACAUGGAGUACACCUUCACCGGGAUCUACACCUUUGAGUCUCUCCUCAAGAUACUGGCCAGAGGCUUCUGCGUCGAUGACUUCACAUUCCUCCGCGACCCCUGGAACUGGCUGGACUUCAGCGUUAUCAUGAUGGCGUAUCUGACAGAGUUUGUGGACUUGGGCAACAUCUCAGCUCUGAGGACCUUCCGUGUGCUGCGGGCCCUGAAAACCAUCACUGUCAUCCCAGGACUGAAGACGAUCGUGGGCGCCCUGAUCCAGUCGGUGAAAAAGCUGUCGGACGUGAUGAUCCUCACCGUGUUCUGCCUGAGCGUCUUCGCGCUGGUGGGGCUGCAGCUCUUCAUGGGGAACCUGCGGCAGAAGUGUGUGCGCUGGCCCCCGCCCUUCAACGACACCAACACCACGUGGUACGGCAACGACCCGUGGUACGGCAACGACACGCGGUACGGCAACGACACGUGGGACAGUCACGAGAGCUGGGCCAACCACAGCACCUUUGACUGGGAUGCCUACAUCAGCGAUGAAGGGAACUUCUAUUUCCUGGAAGGCUCCAAUGAUGCCCUGCUUUGUGGGAACAGCAGUGACGCUGGGCACUGCCCCGAGGGUUACGAGUGCAUAAAAGCUGGGCGAAACCCCAACUAUGGCUACACCAGCUACGACACCUUCAGCUGGGCCUUCCUGGCUCUCUUCCGCCUCAUGACCCAGGACUAUUGGGAGAACCUCUUCCAGCUGACCCUUCGAGCAGCUGGCAAGACCUACAUGAUCUUCUUCGUGGUCAUCAUCUUCCUGGGCUCCUUCUACCUCAUCAAUCUGAUCUUGGCGGUGGUGGCCAUGGCAUACGCUGAGCAGAACGAGGCCACGCUGGCCGAGGACCAGGAGAAGGAGGAAGAGUUUCAGCAGAUGCUCGAAAAAUUCAAAAAGCAACAGGAGGAACUGGAGAAGGCCAAGGCAGCCCAGGCUCUAGAAAGUGGGGAAGCAGACGGGGAUCCAGCCCACAGCAAAGACUGCAACGGCAGCCUGGACACCGCACCCGGGGAGAAGGGACCCCCGAGGCCAAGCUGCAGCGCGGAGAGCAACAUCUCAGAUGCGAUGGAGGAGCUGGAAGAGGCCCACCAGAAGUGCCCACCGUGGUGGUACAAGUGUGCACACAAAGUGCUCAUAUGGAACUGCUGCGGCCCGUGGGUCAAGUUCAAGCACAUCAUUCAUCUGAUUGUCAUGGAUCCCUUCGUGGACCUGGGCAUCACCAUCUGCAUCGUGCUCAACACGCUCUUCAUGGCCAUGGAACACUACCCCAUGACUGAGCACUUUGACAAUGUGCUCUCUGUAGGCAACCUGGUGUUCACGGGCAUCUUUACAGCAGAAAUGGUGCUGAAGUUGAUCGCCAUGGACCCCUACGAGUAUUUCCAGCAGGGCUGGAACAUCUUCGACAGCAUCAUCGUUACCCUCAGCCUGGUGGAGCUGGGCCUGGCCAACGUGCAGGGGCUGUCUGUGCUCCGUUCCUUCCGACUGCUGCGGGUCUUCAAACUGGCCAAGUCAUGGCCAACCCUCAACAUGCUGAUCAAGAUCAUCGGCAACUCGGUGGGCGCGCUGGGCAACCUGACGCUCGUGCUGGCCAUCAUCGUGUUCAUCUUCGCCGUGGUGGGCAUGCAGCUCUUCGGCAAGAGCUACAAGGAGUGUGUGUGCAAGAUCGCCUCGGACUGCAACCUGCCCCGCUGGCACAUGAACGAUUUCUUCCACUCCUUCCUCAUCGUCUUCCGCAUCCUGUGUGGGGAAUGGAUCGAGACCAUGUGGGACUGUAUGGAGGUGGCCGGCCAGGCCAUGUGCCUCACUGUCUUCCUCAUGGUCAUGGUCAUCGGCAACCUGGUGGUCCUGAACCUGUUCCUGGCCCUCCUGCUGAGCUCCUUCAGUGCAGACAGCCUGGCGGCCUCGGACGAGGACGGCGAGGUGAACAACCUGCAGAUCGCCAUUGGGCGCAUCAAGUGGGGCAUUGGCUUCGCCAAGGCCUUCCUCCUGGGGCUGCUGCAUGGCAAGAUCCUGAGCCCCGAGGACAUCAUGCUCAGCCUUGGGAAGCCUGGGGGUGCCGGGGAGGCUGGGGAGAGUGCCCCUGAGGAUGAGAAGAAGGACCCGCCCCCCGAGGAGGAGGACAAAGACCUGAAGAAAGACAAUCACAUCCUGAACCAUGUGGGCCUGGCAAAUGGCUCCCCCUCCAACAUCGAGCUGGAUCACCUCAACUUCAUCAACAACCCCUACCUGACCAUUCACGUGCCCAUCGCCUCUGAGGAGUCCGACCUGGAGAUGCCUACGGAAGAGGAAACUGAUACAUUCUCAGAGCCCGAAGACAUCAAGAAGCCACAGAAGCCCCUCUACGAUGGGAACUCCUCUGUCUGCAGCACGGCCGACUACAAGCCCCCCGAGGAGGACCCCGAGGAGCAGGCUGAGGAGAACCUCGAGGGAGAACUACCUGAGGAGUGCUUCACUGAGGCCUGUGUGCAGCGCUGCCCCUGCCUCUACGUGGACAUCUCCCAGGGCCGCGGCAAGAUGUGGUGGACCCUGCGCAGGGCCUGCUUCAAGAUUGUUGAGCACAACUGGUUCGAGACCUUCAUUGUCUUCAUGAUCUUGCUCAGCAGUGGGGCCCUGGCCUUCGAGGACAUCUACAUUGAGCAGCGGCGAGUCAUCCGCACCAUUCUGGAAUACGCUGACAAGGUCUUCACCUACAUCUUCAUCCUGGAGAUGCUGCUCAAGUGGGUGGCCUACGGUUUCAAGGUGUACUUCACCAAUGCCUGGUGCUGGCUGGACUUCCUCAUUGUGGAUGUCUCCAUCAUCAGCCUGGUGGCCAACUGGAUGGGCUACUCCGAGCUGGGACCCAUCAAAUCCCUGCGCACGCUGCGGGCUCUGCGACCCCUCAGGGCACUGUCCCGAUUCGAGGGCAUGAGGGUGGUGGUGAACGCCCUCCUGGGAGCCAUCCCCUCCAUCAUGAACGUGCUCCUGGUCUGCCUCAUCUUCUGGCUCAUCUUCAGCAUCAUGGGUGUCAACCUGUUUGCUGGAAAGUUCUACUACUGCAUCAACACCACCACCUCGGAGAGAUUCGAUAUCUCCGAGGUCAACAACAAGUCCGAGUGUGAGAGCCUCAUGCACACAGGCCAGGUCCGCUGGCUCAAUGUCAAGGUCAACUAUGACAACGUGGGUCUGGGAUACCUCUCCCUCCUGCAGGUGGCCACCUUCAAGGGCUGGAUGGACAUCAUGUACGCAGCUGUGGACUCGCGGGAGAAGGAGGAGCAGCCACAGUACGAGGUGAACCUCUACAUGUACCUGUACUUCGUCAUCUUCAUCAUCUUCGGCUCCUUCUUCACGCUCAACCUCUUCAUCGGCGUCAUCAUCGACAACUUCAACCAGCAGAAGAAGAAGUUUGGAGGGAAAGACAUCUUCAUGACUGAGGAACAGAAGAAGUACUACAAUGCUAUGAAGAAGCUAGGCUCCAAGAAGCCCCAGAAGCCGAUUCCCCGGCCCCAGAACAAGAUCCAAGGCGUGGUGUAUGACUUCGUGACGAAGCAGGUCUUUGACAUCUCCAUCAUGAUCCUCAUCUGCCUCAACAUGGUCACCAUGAUGGUGGAGACCGAUGACCAGAGCCAGCUCAAGGUGGACAUCCUGUACAACAUCAACAUGGUCUUCAUCAUCAUCUUCACGGGCGAGUGCGUGCUCAAGAUGUUCGCCCUGCGCCAGUACUACUUCACCAUCGGCUGGAACAUCUUCGACUUUGUGGUCGUCAUCCUCUCCAUUGUGGGCCUUGCGCUCUCUGACCUGAUCCAGAAAUACUUCGUGUCACCUACGCUGUUCCGCGUGAUUCGCUUGGCGCGGAUUGGGCGUGUCCUGCGGCUGAUCCGAGGAGCCAAGGGCAUCCGGACGUUGCUGUUCGCGCUCAUGAUGUCCCUGCCCGCCCUCUUCAACAUUGGCUUACUCCUCUUCCUCGUCAUGUUCAUCUACUCCAUCUUCGGCAUGUCCAACUUCGCCUACGUCAAGAAAGAGUCGGGCAUCGAUGACAUGUUCAACUUCGAGACCUUUGGCAACAGUAUCAUCUGCCUCUUCGAGAUCACCACAUCGGCCGGCUGGGAUGGGCUUCUGAACCCCAUCCUCAACAGCGGACCCCCCGACUGUGACCCUACUCUGGAGAACCCAGGCACCAAUGUCAAGGGUGACUGCGGCAACCCGUCCAUUGGCAUCUGCUUCUUCUGCAGUUACAUCAUCAUCUCCUUCCUCAUCGUGGUCAACAUGUACAUCGCCAUCAUCCUAGAGAACUUCAACGUGGCCACCGAGGAGAGCAGCGAACCCCUCUGUGAGGAUGACUUUGAGAUGUUCUACGAGACGUGGGAGAAGUUUGACCCCGACGCCACACAGUUCAUCGACUACAGCCGCCUCUCUGAUUUCGUGGACACCCUACAAGAGCCCCUGAGGAUCGCCAAGCCCAACAAGAUUAAGCUCAUCACGCUGGACCUGCCCAUGGUGCCUGGGGACAAGAUCCACUGCCUGGACAUCCUCUUUGCCCUGACCAAAGAGGUGCUGGGUGACUCUGGGGAGAUGGACGCUCUUAAGCAGACCAUGGAAGAGAAGUUCAUGGCAGCCAACCCCUCCAAGGUCUCCUACGAGCCCAUCACCACUACCCUCAAGAGGAAGCAGGAGGAGGUGUGUGCCAUCAAGAUCCAGAGGGCCUACCGCCGCCACCUGCUGCAGCGCUCCGUGAAGCAAGCCUCCUACAUGUUCCGCCACAGCCAGGACGGCAGUGGUGACGGGGCCCCCGAGAAGGAAGGGCUGAUCGCCAAUGCCAUGAACAAGAUGUAUGGCCCUGAGAACGGGACCAGCAGUGUGCAGAGCCUUGGGGAAGAGAAGGAGGGCUCCACAGGGGACGCCGGAUCCCCUACGGAGCUCACCCCAGUGGGCCCCUCAGACACUGCCCUGCCUCCCCCACCACCCCCACAGAUGGUGCGCCCAGGGGUCAAAGAGUCUCUUGUCUAG